AUGGCGUCCCAAGGGGCAGUAUGGGGUCCAGCGGCCCUUCGCCUCUUUCGGGUCGCUACGACAAAGGCAUCCAAAGCCCUUCGCAAUAGAUUGGCCGAUGUUGCAAAACCGUUCCAGGGCCAAGUACAAGCCAGAGGCGGCUGUACUGGCCGCCAGCCAAUCCGUUCAGCAGCUCUCUUCAAACAACAUAAACGGACCUCAAGAUGGCUUCCAACUGUCCCAGCUCGGUGUAUGAACCUUGUUAUACGACGAUACUUCAGGUCAGAGCACACUCUCAACACUCGAUUCGACCGAUCCAAGCUGCCAUCCUCCAACACCUCCCGACGUCUUGCUCAGUUUUCAGGUCGUGCCCCCUUUGCCAGCACUCUUCGUCCAAACCUGACUGGCGGUGCUAUGCCACGAACGGCCGGAGGAUACAGCCUGGGCGGGAGCGCUAGAUAUUUUAGUCACACUCCUGCAGCUUCAGCUCAGGUGGUUCAGAAUGUCUCCCAAGCAGUGAGGGCAUUCUUUCUAUCGGGCCAAAAGGUCCGGUACAAUGGUGCCGGGCCUCAUGGAGAGCACCAAUACCGCGCCAUUUCCAAAAUUGAAGACGAAGUGAUGACCAAGCUGUCAAGCUCUCCCCGGCCUGUUCUCGGAUCCUUUAUCGACUUUCGGAUUAGUCCUAUUAUCACGGCUGUAGGCCCUCUAGCUGGUUCUACAUCCGCAUUCACGUUUCCUGACUUUGAUGCUUCACCCGCGACCCGACCCGCCACUCUCGACAUGGCAGGCUUUCUCGACGUCCUUUUUGCCGACUUUCAACGAGGCCUGCAUGAUUUGGCAAAAACUGAGUCGGAUAUACGCCGGCUGUCCGCAGUUGGUGCGCUAAGAAUCUCUCUGGAGCGGAGUGACAGAAUCCGUGUUCAUUUCCCGGGUGUUGGUGCCCUCGCAGUUGAACAACUUUGCGACGAAAUAGGCAUACAGCGCGGUAUCGUGGGCCAAGAUGCUGGAUUUGAUGGAAACGUUGGAGCCCACGAUGCAUUGAAGUUUCCAUUCGCGCCUGAAUUCGAGCGAACGACUAGUCCACCUGACGGAACAGCACGGUCGCUAAAGGGCCGCGAACUCGACUCUGGAGAGACAAGUUCGGAAGAUGACCUCUCUUUGCGAGACGUAUUUGUCUAUGAAUUCCAGUAUGAAGACUCGUGGAUGUCAGAUAUGGAGGGGUAUGAAAGUAUGUCGCCUUCCCCAACCCUCGGAGAGAAACAUUAUUCGAAGGACUAUGAGGGCUUUGAAGGUAUAUAUCGGUUCUUGGAGGAGUGCGAUCAAGCCAAGGGACGGCUUAGAUAG